AUGCCACACAGUGGCCGCAAGAAGCGCAAUCCUGUCUCUGCCCAAAAGCGCCUCGAGGUCACCGAUGACGACGGCUGGACUCAUGUCACUAGCGGGAGCAAUGUGCGACGCGUAGUGCGCACCACCAAGGCACGGAGCGACCGCGAUACCGACAAGGUUGAUGAGACUGAGCCGGUUCUCAGUCCAGCCGAGGCACCGGCUCGUCUGACCUUUGAGGAAUUAGAGGCGCAGUAUAGAGGCUAUAAGGAGCGAUGGGUUCAGUCGGAGACAUGGCAGAAACUGAGGGUGCAAUUGGACCAAAGGAUACACGAUCAAGAGACGGAAACGUUGUCGCAGGAUUUGAAUGUUGACGGGAUUGUUUGCAUCGGGCUUGGCAGUCCGAGUGGAUUCCUGCGAGAUGGUUGGGUUGACCGCCGGGCUGUUUCUAUGUAUCAGCUUGCUGCGUUGGAAACUAUCAAGGAUGUAUUUACUAGUUCGUUCCUCCCCCCUUUGAAAAAUCACUCGGAUAUUCAACUUCGCCUGUCGCCUCCCAGCUUACGUCUUUUAUGCAAAGGUGCCAACCGCUCUUCAUCCUUUCCAAUUUACGCCCAAGAUCCCGUCUUCAACGAUCUCGACCGUGCACUUCUUGAAUCACUUGGUAUGACCGUGGUUAAUACCCCUGUUGCCUUUGAGCGUGUCACAUCCAAAACAUUACUUUUUUGCCCUGGUGCGGAGCGCAAACAUUUGGAUAUGCUGCUUCCUUCAAACCCGAAACUCGUUCUUGGGGGUCCAUUAGAGAACACCGAGUCGUCGAUAAUCCAAGCAUAUGCCGAGAAGACGGACUCUAGGAUUCUGGUGCCUUUUUCGGCACAAGAACAUGCAUUUUGGAAGAUGCGCCUCUACCAUUUGGCGCAAGUGGAGGCAUAG